UUUGAGUAAAUAAAAUAAUAUGAAUUCUACGAAUUAUCGAAUUUCGAGAAGCACUAUUUAUAACAUAUAUACAUACCCAUUCUUAAACCACUAACCACUCUACCAAGGCCCUUGCGCAUUUUCCAGAUCUGCUUCUUCCACAGCCACCCACAGAAACUAGAUUUUACUUUUCAAAAAGCUGUUGAAAGACAUGGGUCGUGGAAAUAGCAGUGGUGGUGGCCAAAGUUCACUGGGUUACCUUUUUGGAAGUGGAGAGGCCCAAAAACCAGCAACAACUAAUGCCCAACCUCCUGCAGUGCAGCCUGUAGAUAAUGCGCCCCCUUCAAAACCAGCAGCUACUACUACAGCAAUAGACCCAAACAAGCCUGCUGGUAUCAAUAGUCAUUCUACUGAUGGUCUGAACACUGGCAACUUCAUCACGGACCGUCCCUCAACCAAGGUUCAUGCUGCCCCAGGUGGUGGCUCUUCUCUGGAUUAUCUCUUUGGUGGUGGACCUGGGGAUGGAAAAUGAUACUGCUUUUGUGAACCUUUUCCUGAGAAUAAUCUUCUAAAAUUCAAGUUGUGUGAACAAAAUGGGUGAUGUAUUAUAGGUUAUGGUUGUUGGGUUAUACGUUGAUCAAGAGUGUUAUAUUUUAGAUGUGCUUAACAUCGAUUACAGAGCUGUGUUUGUGAAACAAGUUUUACUAUCAAUUCAACAUUUGCUUUCA